AUGGAGAAUCGCUCGCUACGAGAUCCACUCACUUUCGUACCAUUCGGCUAUGGACCUCGAAAUUGUAUUGGAAUGCGGGUAGCACAAAUGCAGAUGAAAGUGGCUCUGGUACGCAUUCUUCGUGAAUACGAGCUUCGACCAGGAGGAGACUUGGAACUACCUCUUUGCAUAACUACCGUAGGUAGCAUAAGGACUGCUAAAGAACUCAGCAUUGCUCUUAAAAGAGUUCAAAAUUGA